UUUUUCUUUAAUUUGUGCUAGGCAAAGGACCGGUCCGAUGUUGGUCAGGUAGUCCGACACUCGUUACACUCCUAACCCUUGUCUUCAGACUCCCCUCUCCCUCACUCACUCAAAAUCCGAUAGUCACGCUUGUGGUCGCUCGCCGGAACUUCACCAGAGCCUCGCCGGGAUACUCACUUCUAGUCGCCGGAUCACUCAUCGGUGAGUUCCAGUUCUUAGAUCUGGCUCUGGCAUGUAUUUUACUGUGUCUAGUUGCUCAGAAAACCGAGGAGUCACGCUAGUGCUCGCUCGCCGGGACUUCACCUGAGCCUCGUCGGGAUACUCCUUUCUAGUCGCCGGAUCACUCAUCGAUCUGAAAAUUCUAAUGGAAAGCCUAGCAUAAGAAGGCACUUGCCAGCUGAGCGAAUUCUGUGUACGUAAGGCCAAAAGACUAUAUAAAGCCAAGCCAAUAGAUCGAGGGCUCUUGCCAUACUGAAUCCAUUCGAAGAUUCGUCGUCAUUCACAUACCUACCUAUCAUGGCAGCAACGAAGGUAAGUCUGAAUCUUUUUAUGGACAAAAAGAGCAAUCGAGUGCUCUAUGCUGAAGCAGACAAGGAAUUUGUUGAUUUCCUAUUAAGCAUUUUCACUCUGCCGGUCGGAGCUGUCACGAGGCUUCUAAAAGAUGGAGGCGGCAUGGUAGGCAGCUUGCCAAGCCUCUACCAGAGCUUUGAAAAUCUGACUGUCACUUACGUCCAACCGGGCAAAGAUAAACGCUCUCUGCUAGAACCCAGAGUAUUCAUGCCUGGUGCUAAAGUCCCUCUCCUAUUGCCCAACGUUGGCUCAACAUUCCGUCAAUUGUAUAGGUGUUCUUCUACGAACACACACAUUACUUGUUUGAGUAAUUACGAAGCCAGCACAAGUUGUGAUUGGUGCGGCUGGAAAAAGGACCGGAUCGCAACAUUCACAGACCUCCAAGGAGCAACAACGGCAUUCUCCACUAGUGAGGAAGGUUACGUGAGAGGGACGGCUGCAUACAUGGUGAUGGAUGAUUUGGAGGUGAAGCCCUUGUCUACCGCCUCUCUUGUCACUCUGCUUUCCCAGUUUAAUGUCAACGAUAUAAGGGAUAUUCAGGAGAAACUGGUCGAUGUGGGCAUGGAUGAGGGUGUGAAACUGCUCAAGGCUUCCUUGCAAUCAAAGACUGUUUUGACUGACGUCUUUCUUCCGACAGAGAUGAUCACUAAAACUGAUGAGGAGUCAAUUAUUAAUGAAUGAGUAGAUCGAUCGAUCAAGGGAUUGGUUGUUGCGAAGGAAUCACGAGAUCAACGUUGAAAAUCAGUGCAUGUGCCUUGUUUCUAGGUGCAAGAGCUCUGAAGGAUUAGGGCACGUUUGGCAAAUUAAUUUUUGUUUUUGUUUUUGUUUUUGAGAACGGUUUUCCAUUCUCUGUUGUUUUUAGUCCCCUUUUUAGUUGCAAUCACGUUUCUUAUUUUCUGGUACGGGACAAUAUGCCUCUUAUUUUGUUUAUGAAUCACCAUUAUUCUUUACCAAA